UAGAAACCAAAUCAUUCUAAAGCUUCGUUGCUAAGACUCUCGAAGGGACAGACAAUUUCCACCAAAUCGAGUCGACCGAGCGGGGCGAGGAAUUAUGCAGGAGGAGCCGACGGAGGCCUGCGAGAUCGCGCGCCUGCCGUUGGAGCUGCUGUCGGCGGCGCUCUCCCUAACGUCGCCGCGUGAUGCGUGCCGCGCCGCGGCGGUCUCCCCGGACUUCCGCGCCGCGGCCGGCUCCGACGCCGUCUGGGCCUGCUUCCUGCCGCCGCCCGACGAACUGCCGCCGAUCGCCGACGGAGAGGGAGGGCCGCCGCCGCCGCCGCGCAGGAUGAAAGACCUGUUCCUCCGUCUCUCUGGCAGCCACGUCCUACUCCCAGGCGGUCUCAUGAGCAUGUGGCUGGACAGGGAGACCGGCGCAAAGUGCUACAUGGUGCCGGCGAGGGCGCUGUCCAUCGCGUGGCGUGACACGCCGCGCUACUGGGACUGGGUCCCUCUCGCCGAUUCUAGGUUCCCCGAGAGCGCUGUACUCAGAUUAGUUUGCUGGUUGGAUAUCCCUGGCAAGAUAGAUAGCAAGAUGCUCUCCAAAGGCUCAGCCUAUGCCGCACACAUCGUGUACAAGUUGACCGACAGUUCCUACGGGCUGGACUCACCUGUCCAAGAGGCAUCAAUCAGCGUUGGAGGCACCAACCUGACCCGCAACGUCUGCCUCCAACCUAACCAGCAAAGAAGCACGAGCCAAAACCGCCGUGGUGGAGAGCACGUAGUGCUCCCUCGUCAAAGGGCUGAUGGCUGGAUGGAGCUGGAGCUGGGUGAGUUCACCUGCGAUGGGGAUGAAGAUGGUGAUGUGUCCUUUGGCCUGUCGGAGACAAAAGCUUUGAACGGGAAGAGCGGUCUCGUCGUCCAGGGCAUCGAGAUCAGGCAUAAGAAAUCAGGGUAAAUGAGGAGCUCCUGGGAUUAAAUCAAACGCCUCCAGAGUUUACUCCGCUAUGUAAAGAAAAUAAAGGGACCAUAUAAGUUUGUAAUGUGUGCUGUUGAACUGCCCUCUUGGGCUCCACUCUAUCUUUAUAGAUGGGAAUUUAUCCCUUUUGUCUGUUUGAUCUUUAAAGAGGAGAAGAAACAGUUAAUUAUGAGAGGAAUAUUAACCUUCGUCA